GUGGAGGUGUUUAACCUGCUGUUUGUGACCAGCGAGAAUGGCAGUCGGAAGACGUAUGUGGUGCACUGUGAGGACUGUGCACGACAACGAAGCCCAAACCUCUCCAAUGUAGUGGUGCUGGAGCAAUACCGCAUGGAGGAGCUGAUGAACGUGUACGACUCAUUCACCCUGGCCAUCAGUCCCAGCUCCCGAUGAGAAGGUCUCAUCACUUUCCCUCACACAGCCAUAACCAAAACUCCUGCUCGCAGGACAAGAUCUUUUAUUUUAGUCCAUUUAAGACUUAAAACAUUUACAGUUGGGAAAAAAAAAAUUACCUACUACUGUUAAUAUUUGUUGAACAGCCAAUCCAGAACCAGUUUACUAAGAAUUGUUUACAGAACCAAUCAGCCAAUAAGACUCCAGUUUGCUCCUCUCGGUCUUUGUGUAUCAACGUCUGAAUGGCUCUGCGGGACGUCCGAUGAACCGCAGUCUGGUGCUGUCGCGGCUUACGGCCGUGGAUUUGACGAGAUCCUGUCAGUUUAGGUUUUUGUUCUUAGUUUUCUUUCAUGUUUGUUUUUUGUCUUGAAUACUGAAAUGUCUAAAUGCUCUUUGUACUUUUCGUGGGUGCUUAUUUUUCUCCAAUAAUUUAUUAUUUUUAAACCUAGAACAGCCUAGAUAUAUACCACAUUGGCCUUGUGACUUGUAUUUAGUGAAGAGAUAAAAAAUAAUAAUACUAAUAAUAGAGCUAUGGACAUUUUUCUAAAGCAUUAAGAAUUAAAAAGAAAUAGUUGUUCAGAAUGCUUCAAAACAUACGGGUUUUAAAAGACUUUUUUCAGUUUUAGUAUGAAACGUUGUGUUUAUAUCAUCAGGACAAGCAUUUAAGGAUUGCAUUUUUAAUCAAUCUCUUUUCCUGCAUUUUGUGGUUAUUCUUGUUCAGUUUCAUCUGUUUUAGUCAGUGACUUGUUUCUCUCCUCUAUACAGAUCUAUUCUCUUUGGGGUUUUUUUUUAUUGUACAUUUUUUUUUAUUUAAAAUGUUCUUCUAUUUAUUGGAUAUAAAAUGCUCUCCCUGCCUCAACAUGGUUAUCAUAGAUGUUUUAAGGGUUUCUAUUGUUAUUCUAAGUCCUCUAUAUGUUAAGGGUGCUGAUUUUCUUUUUUUCUUUUUUUAAUUUUGGUGCUUACCCCUUUAAAUGUCUUUCUUGUUUAUAUGAAUUAAAUCUCAUAACUGACUCCUUGUCCUUUUAGAUUGUAGAGCACAGAGGGUAGGAUUUGACUAAUCAGAAGUUGUCUGAUGAACACAAAUGUUUUUACAACACGUUUUUUUCCCCCACCUAAGUUAGCAACAACAUGACUUAAAUGUGAUCACUGUUAUAUAUUUGAACACCUGCUCACUAUCCAGUUUAUAUGUUUAUUUAAAAAGGAUUAAAUCCAGGGGCCAUGUUCAUACGAGUUCUCAUCAGAUUAGACCUGUGCUCGCUGAAUCUUUUUGCUUGUUUUUGUACUAAGAUGGUGACUUGGACUAAUGUCAGGAAUCCUGAGCCUCGAUUAGCAGCUAGUUGAUGAAUUCAGGUGAUUCACCAAUUUGAGUUAAGAACAGUUUUUGAUACCUAUCUUACAUAUUUAAUGGUGCUUCUGUCCUGUUGUAAAUGCUGUUCGAUUGAGGACACGUUUGCCACGCUGACUACAGCAGGCAUAAACUUUCAAUAUACAUGCUAUACCGUUAUUGGCUGCAGUGGGUUGUCAUACGCCUGAACUAAUGCUUAUUAUAUGGAGAAAACUCACAUUGAACUGUAAAUUGUGGCAUUUUACUGGAACGAGUAACAGUGUGAAAGGGGAUUUAACGCAUUAUUGUUUUAAAAUAAAUACUGUAAUUUUUUACAGCUUUAGAGGCGUUAGUGUGAAAUGAUUCAUGUAUUAUCAGGAAAAUGGUUUUGAUUAUGAAAUAGAUGGUGCUGAGUUCUUCUUGAGCUACUCUCAAUUUUUUAAGAAAUAUUUUUCCUGUUGCAAUAUACACACUUUCCUUUUUUUUCUUCAUUAUUUUAUUUUUGUGGUUAUUUAAAAUCUGCACUGUUUUGGAAUUCACACACGAAGCGAACUGAGCCAGACAUGUCUUAAACACUUUGUGAAUUCGUGUGUCAUUGAUAUGAUUACUCUGAAUAAUAUUAAAUGCUUUUGAUAAACUUUGA